GAGACCACUCCUGUCAUUUUAGGAGUGUUGUGUCACGAGAGCCAUUGCCGUUCCAAAUUCCACCUCCUCAGUCCUCCCUGCCAGCUUCCAGCUCGGACCAAUUUCUCCUCUUCAUCUUCUCUCCGAUCGGAUAAGGUUGAUACUGGAAGAUCCAAUCCCCAUUAGGGUUGCUGCAAGUGCCUGAGUUGUUCCAGAUCCAGCUCAAAGUUUCCACCUUGCUGUUGCGCUGUGGCUAUCAUCGAAGAGUUGAAUCUUUUACCAUAGAGUUUGUGUUUGUUUCGAAUAUCUAGGGUUUGGGCUUCCGAACGAGUGCCUAGAUGAAGGAUUCCCACUCACCUCUCCUAUCGUUCCUCCCUAAGCUCGCCUCCUCUCCGGAAGGCAUCAAAUUCGACGGCCACGGGCACCUUGGUUUUCCCGGACUGGGGGCUUCCGGCUUGAAGAAGAGAGGCCAGAGCAACCGCUCAUGGAUCGAGAUCGACAGCACUGGAAGCAUGCGUGUGGUUGCGCUUGAUAAGACCGCUUUGAUGAAGAGGUGCGGCUUGCCGUCCCGGGAUCUGCGUCUUCUGGAUCCGGUGUUUGUUUACCCUUCCACCAUUCUCGGCCGCGGGAGCGCCAUCGUCGUCAGCCUUGAGCAAGUCCGGUGCAUAAUAAUGGCGGAUGUUGUGUUGCUCGUCAGGUCUGCUGAUAACUCUUCGAUGCAGUAUGAAACAGAACUGUGUCAGCGGCUGCGUAUGAUGAAUGAUCAAAAUGAUGACCUUCCGUUUGAGUUCAAGGCUCUAGAACUUGCUCUAGAAAUGGCAUGCACUUUACUUGAUAGUCAGGUAACUGAUUUGGAAAUUGAGGUUUAUCCUGUGCUGGAGGAACUAGCAUCAUCCGUUAGCACUGCUAACCUUGAGCAUGUCAGAAGACUAAAAAGUCAGCUUCUAGCAUUAACUCAUAGGGUUCAGAAGAUGCAUGACGAAAUAGAACAGCUCAUGGAUGACGAUGGGGACAUGGCUGAGAUGUACUUAACUGAGAAGAAGGAGAGAAUGGAAUCUUAUUUAUCUAAUGAAGCAUACAUUAACAACACACAAACUGGUGAUUGGGUCUCACAUUCUGCACCUGCCUCACCCACCUGUUCUAGUAGUGGUCUACCAGAGAAAGGCUCAAGCAAUUUGAGCUUCAGCAAGCAUGAGAGCUCAAGAGAAUCCUCUACUAAGGGAAGACAAGUUGAAGUACUAGAGAUGUUACUUGAAGCAUAUUUUGUAGUCAUUGACAGUACUCUAAGCAAAUUAUUAUCUCUUAAAGAGUACAUCGAUGACACAGAAGACUUCAUAAAUAUCAAGCUGGACAAUGUUCGGAACCAGCUCAUCCAGUUCGAGUUGCUUCUUGCAGCCGCGACAUUUGUGGUGGCCAUGUUCGCCGUUGUUACCGGAGUCUUUGGUAUGAACUUUGAGGACUCUGUGUUUGACACUGCAUCCACUUUCAAUUGGGUGGUGGUUUUAUCAAGCAUAUUAUGUAUAGUGGUAUAUUCCUUCAUUUUAUUAUACUUCAAGCACAAAAAAUUGCUUCCGGUAUGAAAUGUUCUCCUCGUUGCAGUCGUCUUAUAUUCAUUGAUUAUUCUUGUGCAGAUUCAAACAAACAGUUAUGUUGUAGUUUUUGCAUCAGGUUCUUAUGAACAAUUCAUAUUGUUUAUAUUCA